CUGGCAGACUCUGGGCUGGUCCUGACGGGGUGGCUGGGCUCCGGGCGGCUGUCUGUGCGCUUCAGACGGUCGUGGGGGAGACAACCAUCAGCACUCGGCGUCUCCUCGAGUGCUCGCAGGAAAACGCAGAAGAGACACAAGAAGAACUGCGCGACAAGGAACCAAACAGCCCUACCUCGGCAUCUGGAGAAGAAAGAGACGAUCCUCCCCUUCUACCCCACACGCCCUAUCCACCCUACCCACCACUUCGUGCCAUCCCUCUGGUCUGAACUGCCCUCCCACCCCCACUGGAGAGCCACGACCACCCAGAGGAAACCCCCACUUGACCAGCGUUGCCAUUAAGCGAUGCGCUUUGAAUUUAGGAAGAAAUCACCUUUACGCUUCUGAUGCACAACACAACCGGCGCUCUUCUUCAUUUUUUGCUCAGCGGGAACAGUUCAGGCUCCGGAUUUGGGUGUUUACACUUUUUUGACGGGUUUCCAGUGGCCUGAUAACAUGCAGAAUAUCUUCCCCCGACCUGAGCCCGGGCUGUCACUCCACAGAUCCGUGCGUGUUUGAAGCAGCAGCUGUCACAGUCGCUGCCUUUCAGCGUAUGUUGGAUUUUUCAUGCUUAAAAAGAAUCCUGACAAUGGUCUGGGAACGGACCGCCUCUGUAGACACCUAGUAAUAUUUUUCAGGACGUGUCAGCUGCAUAUUUCGUUUUUAUCGAAGGAAAAGCGACAAACUGACGAGGAGUCACUCGACACCGACGCCGUUUGAGCCACAGGACUUUGCGUGCGAAGUUUGCACCGGAGAGACGGGACCGAGCCGGAGACAUCUCGGCCACAUCCACGGCGUUUUCUCAGUAAGUUGGGAGGUCAGCGGGUUGCGGCCAUGCUGUCCCUGGACGAGCCCCUGGACCUGAAGCUCCCUCGGCGGGCCAACGGGAGGGACAGAGGGGGGCGCUCUCCUCCCCUCUCCCCGCUGCACCCCAAACGUGCUCGCCAGCUCCACAUGGCAGAUGAUGGGACAGCGGUCAUAGAGCCUGCAUCACCAGCAUCGCCGCACACAGGUGUGCAGGUGGUUCCUCAUGACCGAACGGAGACCCCCACCCCCCCUGCGGUCGACCUGAGCUUGUCCCCCUCCUCACGCCACACCCCCAGCUCUCCAGAAAUGACCAACGGCAACUACGUCCCCUCAGGGAAUUCUCACAUCUCACAAGCCUUUCAGUUUUUCGUGCCAAUUGGAGCUGGGACAGGACUUCACCUGCCCUCCUCCAUGUUCAUUGGCCAGACUAGCGACAAGAGAUCCUCUCCUGACCUUUCAGCAGACGAACAACUGGCCUGCCGCUGGAAGAAGUGCCAUCUGCUCUUUGACUCCCUACAAGACCUGGUGGACCACGUUAAUGACUUCCAUGUCAAACCUGAGAAGGAUUCUGGGUACUGCUGCCACUGGGAGGGCUGUGCUCGCAAAGGGAGGGGCUUUAAUGCCAGGUACAAAAUGCUCAUCCACAUUCGCACUCACACUAAUGAGAAGCCCCACCGCUGUCCCACCUGCAACAAGAGCUUCUCACGCCUGGAGAACCUCAAGAUACACAACCGCUCACACACAGGUGAGAAGCCCUACAUCUGUCCUUACGAGGGCUGCAACAAACGCUACUCCAACUCCAGCGACCGCUUCAAACACACACGCACACACUAUGUGGACAAGCCCUACUACUGCAAGAUGGUGGGCUGCUUGAAGCGCUACACAGACCCCAGCUCUCUUCGCAAGCACAUCAAAGCCCACGGCCACUUCGUGGCGCAGGAGCAGGGCUCCCCGGGUGGGGUGGGCUCGCUGCUGAAGGGAAGUCAGAGCGCAGGGCUCGCCGGUGGAGGAGGGAAGGAUUCAGAGCUGUCCUAUGUGAGUGGAGCCCACAUUAUCAUCCCCGGGGCAGCGGCCGCUCUGCUGGGGGGCCACACUCUGCAGGGCCUGGGUGGUGGUCUGCCCCUGUCCCCCCUCAGUCCUCGGCCCCUGGACCUCAGCACGCUGGGCUGCCCCAACUCCCCUCCGGCCAGCCUCGGUGGGACGUCCAUCCUGUCCUUCAGCGGCUCCCCGCUGGGCCUGGCCAAGUCCCCUCUGCUCUCCCCAGCGUUCCCCUCCUCAGCCCUGGGCCUGCCGAUGGUGCCGGUGCUGGGGGCGGCGUCGGAGCGCAGGGCCCAGAGUCACCCAGUGAGGAAGGGCAGAGGAGAGGAAGCAGAGAACGAGGUGACUGGGGGGGUCUUGAACCUCUCCACAGGAGGGUCUCAUGAUCCCCUGUCCUGGGUGGUCAUCCCCCCAGGCACUGUGGUGCUCAAGCCAGCUGUGGUCAACUGAUACACAGACACACACACACACACACACACACACACACACACACACACACACACACACACACACACACACACACACACACACACUCACACACACAUUCCAGAAGAGCUCAGGGGGUCGGUAUGGGGGGGUAUGGGGGGUACGGGCGGUCAAAGGUGAUAGGGAUUGGCUUGCACAAUCAAAUCCAGGCGACGCUUUGUGCAGAGGACUUGUAAAAAGAGAAAAUAGAGAAACUCAUCAAACCCUGCAAUCUGCAAAACAACUGAAAACUCUGCACCUCACAAGAAUCAAGUACACAAACACAAGCCUCUUGUGUUGUUGGCAAACUCAACUUGGGGCCCAAGAACUCUGUUCAGGAACAUGUACGGCUCUGUAUUUCUAUCACAAGGCCUUACAACAGGCUCCUCUUUCCUCUCUUGUUUUAUACUUCACUCAUUCCUGUUUGCUGGUUCUGUGGACAAGGACCAUGAACGUGACAGUCUUAGUGCUCUGUGUUCUUACAAAAGUCCUGAUUCAUCGAUUAGUAUUUAUAUGACUGUACUUUGACAGUGUGCCUCCAGCUUCGCAGUGAGAUACAUACAACACGAAUGACGCACUCACACUUAGGCAAAUGAGCAUGUAAUAGGAAGAUUCUCAGAUGAUUUUGAAGUUAUGACCUAUUUUUCACAGGCUGCUGUGAUUAAUAUGAUUCAGACAAGCUUGCCAAACCAAAGCAAGUGAACUCAAACUGUCUUGUUUUUGUGCAGGAGGCUGUUUCAGCUCCGUGACAGGUCAAUUAAACACAGCACUUAAUAGUGUCAACUGGUUAUAGUACUGAAACCUCAAAACUGCUGCUAACCUCUCUGCUCCUCCAGCACAACAUAAACUGGGAAAGAGCACUUUUGACAAUCUGUCCCCGGUUUGGGGAAGGAGACCGACACAGACCAGCCUAGUCCACCAGAAUGUGUGCCAGGUGUGCAGACUAGGGGCUUUUUAGGGCACAGAGCGAACCAAGGACUAAACACAGACAAAUGGUGUUACAUCACCUGGCAAUGACCGAUCAUCACUUCCCCUCUUUCACAAGUGAAAAUUUCAGGCCCUGGUGCGUCUGACUCCCCCCUCUGGUCGGACACCGAACACAACAUCCUGCUUGCCGUCUACAGAACUAGCACUGUUUUGCUUCGAGAUUGUCCAGCUGCUUUCCCGUAAUUGAAUCAACAGGGCCAGUUUGUGUAUGAAAGGGCCACUGUGGCGACAAACACUACUGUGUUGUACGUUUAGAAGUAACCCGACCCAAAACCAGCUGUGAAAAACAGGUGGUUGUAUAGUGGAAGUCUAGCUUAGCCUCGUCAGCUUUGUCCCGAGUUCAACAAGUCUCAUGCUGUGCCAAAAAUACCUGGAGAGGGCAGGUGGGAUGCUGACAUGGUGCCACAGAGGGGGGUGUGACGCACUCAGUGCCACAUACAGCUGGACUGACUGGGAAGCCACACUAUUGCAAACUGCCUCAUCUUAUUCUGUCCAAAGGGGCAAAAAAGAGAAAAAAACUACAAAAAAAAAAAAAAGACUUCUGGGAAACUUCUUCUCAUGGUUCGAUUAAGCAGUCAACAUGCACUUACCACAAGCUACGUUCGUUACAUGUUUUAUGAGAUGUUGCUGCCGAAUGAUGGUUCUUCGUAGUUCUGAUGGGUCGCUGGUGUUGCUCGGUGCUCAUGCAUGUGUGAUGUUGACUGCAGUCGGAGGAGAGGUGGGGGAGCAGGAGAGCAUCGCCACAACACAAGGAACAUUCCCUCAAGAGACUCUCAAACUCUCCUUCCACUCCCCCGUCUCUCCUCUCCCCCCAUCUGCUUUCGUUGGCCGUCUUGUUUCUCCGUCGCCCCGUCUCAGGCGCGAUACCUUCACUUAUUGCUGUUUUGUAUUUCUGUCGUCGUUUUGUUUUGUUUUUUGCUGUUGUUCAGACGAGACAUUUCUUUCCGAUGUUGAAGUUGCUUCUUGUGUGGCUGCUCUGCAUUCAGCUUUCUGCUGUCGAGGAUGAGUCUUUCAAAGGGGUCGAAGAGAAGAAGAGAGGGAGGGACAUCCAGGGGCAGUGGUUCUCAAUCUGGGGUUCGGGACACCAAAAGGGGGCCUAAGAUAAGUCUGAAGGGGCAGUUAGGUUAUGUGUGGCUCACUGUAUGGACACAUCAGUCCAGUUCAAGUGGAAAUAUCUCAACAACAAGAUGAAUUGUGCCCUUCAAGUCUGAGUAAAGUUUAGGGCUGCAACACCCUCGAAAUUAAACAAUACGUAAAGUAGAAAUUACAGUUUGGCUGAUCUGCCGACAAUAAUACGUCCAAACCGAGUCUAUUCACUGAUUACAGGUUAUAAGAGCAGAAGAUAUUGUUUUCAUGGAUGGUUGGAACCACUGCUCUUGGAGGGAGAACGUGGCUUACGUGCACAUCCAGUGGACCAAAAGACAUCACAUUCCUACCAGACAAUCACAGAGGCAAGUGUAAUUUAGAGAAGGUGUAAAAAUAUUUCUUUAUCAAGUACUCUAACACCAAAUUAUCUGGAGGCUAGUUUGGAUUUGCAAACUCAGUCAAGAAGAGGGCAUGCAUAGAGAAGUAACUUCCAACUGUGAAAUGGCGGGCAGCACUGGGAGAGCGUGAGAGCAAAGGGAAGGGCUUGGCUGAAUGAAUAAAUGAAUGGACAGGGGACAGGGAGAGAUGAGGGCAGAGGACGGAUGCCAGCAGAGGAAAAGAAGCAGAGGAUAGCUGUGCUGUGCAGCCGCUCUCCAUCUGGCCACCUACCCAGCAAACAGCCUCUCAGCUCUGAAGUCAGCGCUGUGCUGUGCCCAGUGUGGCAGCCACUCACAGGCAUACCAGCCUGCGGAAAACUAGGCCACUGAACUCUGUCUGCCCUCUGGGUCUUUUUUUUUCUUCUUCUGCUUUUUUUUUUUGUAGAUUAAACCCAAAAGGCUCAACUCCCCCACCUCCCGGCCACAAAGCUUUUUACCAGAGAUGGGAAAAACAGGCAAACCAACAGGCCACAGUAAACAAAAACAACCGCAGCUCCCUGUUUGAGGUCGAGCUGAUGAUCAGAGUACCUGCGUUUGUGCCUCGCUAAUUCAGCCAUUAUUAUCUCAGUGGCCUGUCUCUGGGUUCAGUUUGAGUAUUGAAAAGAAUCUCUCGCUCUGAGUGGACAAUCCUGGCGUGUGAUGUCAUCAGAAACAGGUGUUAAGUAGGCUAGACACGGUUUCCAUGGCAACAGUGAAACCCACAGAUGCGGCGGCUCUCCUCUUCCUCCUCCCUGUCUGUCUCUCCUCUGCUGGUCGAAGCCAGGGACAGAGACUCAGCAUGGCGGCAGAAAUCUGAGCAACAUGACACGGAUCCUGCAGGGUCCACAUAUUUCAAUAUUAAAUAAGCUGUAUGAUCCAUUAACCCUUUGAGCUCCGCCUGUAAUAAACUGCACUUUUGUUCCCCUCAUAGCGUGUGUAGAUACGGGGAUAAUGUCACAUCUUUUUCUCAGUGUAGAAGGUUAUUCUUCAGUUGUUUUGGGAACCAGGAAUAAUUGUUAAAAAAAAAAAAGAAAGAAAGAAAAAUAAUCAUCCUCAGUCGCUAAAAUGUCUGAUUUUAAAGUCUUAUUUUUUCAUAUAACAUUCGAAAAGUGGUACGGACUCCUGGAGAUUUUAAAGUAACCCUCACUUAAUGUUAACAAAAGUGGAACUGAAAUCCAGGGCAAAAAGAAAAAAAAAAAAGCUUAGCUCGCGAGGUCGGUGUCAUUGUAAAGGGGUGCCAUUGACUGAAGUGCCGCAGUGUUGCACAAAGGGUUAAUGAUAAGACUAAGGCCAUGCAAGGCCAGUUCCAAGUUACGUUUUUGCACAUUUGUGAGAUAUUAUGUCAGUAUUUUAAUUUUUCCAAGUGCCUUUUUAUUAUAGGUAAAUAUAGAAGUUAUACACUAUAUGAAAAAAAUAAUGAUUAUAUGAAAAUAUAUUUUUCCUGGCAUCAUGUUCUGUGGUUGAACAUGCAGAAUUUUAGAGUUGUCAAAGUCUCCAAUUGGUACAACAUAGCGGUGUUCUCCUGUUUUAGAGGAAUUUUAUUACGAUAUUGAUAAUAAUGUCAAUGAAACAAAAAUGUUUAAUAAAGUUGCAUUUGAUA